AUGGAUCCUGUUAAUGACCCACUAGGGCUUUAUACUAAUGUCGUGGAGAAAUCUCCAGAUGACGAGUCGACGCUUUUAAAAGAAAAAGGUAUUACGGAUAUUAAUAGAAGGCAUGAAUUUCUUUCCACAGGCGAUGCCCGACCAAGACUUCUUUCUAAUGUCGUGGAUGAAUAUCCAGGUAUUACGGAUAUUAAUAGAGAGCUGGAAUUUCCUACAGAUAGCUUAUCAUUGGUUUAUAAUGUCGUGAACAAAUAUCAAGAACAAGUCUUACCACAACUCAAUCAAGGUGCGUCCCCAUCUCAAAGGAAAUCUGAACAUGAUUCGAUUAGUGUUGAGUCUAAAUCUAAUAAAAAGGGUAUUCAUGACAAACUUAAGCCAUACGCCUGUAAUACUUGCGGAAAUAGGUUUACAAAAAAGGGUGGUUUGACGGCACACCAGAGAAUACAUUAUAAUGACAAACCUUAUGAGUGUGAAGCAUGUCCCAAGACGUUUACUCAACAAGGUCACCUGAAUGAUCAUAUAAAAACACAUACAGGAUUAAGGCCUUAUAAGUGUGAAGUCUGUAAUAAAGAGUUUAAACAAUCGGGACAAUUGAGAACUCACAAAACACGGCGUGUACAUAUGGUUAUGGUUAAAAAAUUGAACAAGAAGUGA